CAAGACCGCAUUUUCUACAUUUCAUAUGAGGAGAUGAUACAAGACUUGAAAGGCUCGGUCACAAAAAUUGCCCAGUUCCUUGAAAAGCCUUUGAGCCCGGAAGUGAUUGAGAAAAUAGCUGAGAACUGUCUGUUCAAGAACAUGAAGCACAACAAGAUGUCCAACUACUCUCUGGUUCCAGAGGAGUUCAUGGAUCAAAAGAAAUCUGAAUUUCUCAGGAAAGGAAUAGCUGGUGACUGGAAGAACCUUCUCACUGAAGCCCAAGUGGAAAAAUUUAAUACUUUUUAUAAAGAGAGCAUGAAAGAUGUCAAGUACAAUUUUGUCUGGGAUUAAAUGCACUCAAUUCUUAAUGCUAGCAAACUUCAUAAGUAGCCUAAUAUAUAUAUAUUUUUCACAUUUUC